AAGUAAGUUUUUACUUUAAAUAUUAUGGUGUUUUGCAUUUCAUUUCUUGAAAUUUACUUUUGGUAUACAAGUUAAUAAUUAACGUUAACUGACUGAUUUGUUCAAAGUCCAGUCAAUUCUGUUUUUGUCUGGCUAACCACUGUACAUUGCAACUUUACUAUCCACCAUCUCAACUUGUUACAUCUGUUCCUCAUCAAAUUGGAUAUAACUUUUUUACUUCACCUAUCUUUAACUAUUAUUUAUUUUCCCUUUCAAUUACCCCAUCAAUUAGUAAACAUUAGUGCGAAUCUAAAAGCAAAAAUCUCAAGAGUCUGUGCUAUUGGUAUCUAAUAAUUAUUUUAAGUGACUCCUUCUUUUUUACCAACACCACCGCCAACAUCAACAAAACAACAUAAACAUCCACAGAAGAUAGCAAUAAUAUUUCCGACUGGUCAUACAGAUCGAUUUUUAUACUUUAACUGUUUGAUUUAUUUACAUCUUUAAUCUACUUUGGUGAGAAGAGUAUAUGUGAUCAAUUGCUUUCAUACAUCAGAACAUCAACCAGUCAUUUCAUAGGUGAUGCAUGAAUCAAAUAUAAAAGCUACAUCUGGACCUUCAGCAGCCACAUCAUCUCGAUCUGGCGCUACAUCAAAAGGAUCUUUUCAUGUUAAUUUCAACAUUGAUCAAAAUGAAAUAACUGAAAGAAAACAAAAUUAUCUCACUGCAAAGUAUGGACAACAUCAGAUGAAUUUGAUAAAGAAAAGACUAAGAGUGGAAAUGUGGAUAUGUGAACAGUUACAGGUUCUUUAUUCAACAAAUGAUGGAUCCGAAUCAAAUGAUGUUGAGAUUGAUUUGGAUGAACUUCUGGACGUGGAAGGAGAUGACUUGAGACGAGAAUGGCUUAAAGCAAGAUUGAAUGGUGCUAAAAAACCAAUGGUUGUGAUAGAGAAAUUUAUCGAUGAAGUUUUGGAGAAAGCAAAGACAUUAUGAUGAUUGAUUGUCUCUUACAUAAUCAAAGUAGUCGUUCUCCAGCCCGGAUCAAUAUUUUUUUGUUUAAAUUAAUGUUAAUUCAUACUAAAAUAAUCUAAUGUAAAAUCAUAAUAUGUACUUGCCUAAAUAACCAAUUUGUCCAUCGAGAAAAAAAUACUUAAUAUAACCGUGUCAAACUUCAAAAAUAACUUUCAAUUACAAUAAAAUAAUUAUUAUUGCAGAUUA